GUUUUUGCCACUGAGUCCCAAGCACGACAAUGGCGAGGUUACUCUACCUUGUUGUGUUUCUCAUCACACUUAAUAUUGCGACGGGUGAAAUAAAGAAUGUCGGAUGGUGGAAAAAUGCCGUUUUCUAUCAAAUUUACCCGAGGAGUUUCCAAGAUGAUAAUAAUGAUGGUAUUGGUGACUUGAAAGGAAUAACGAGAAGAUUAGAUCACUUCAAAGAUGCCGGAAUCGAUGCCGUGUGGCUGUCACCGAUUUACGCCAGUCCUAUGGUAGAUUUUGGUUAUGACAUCUCCGAUUUUCGAAAAAUUCAUCCAGACUAUGGAACUGAUGACGAUUUCGAUAAGCUGAUGGCAAGAGCUAAGGAGUUGGGAAUAAAGGUUAUUAUGGAUUUAGUACCCAACCACACAUCUGAUGAGCAUGAGUGGUUCCAAAAGAGUCUUAACAAUAAUGAAACCCACAAAGAUUACUACAUCUGGAUAGACAAACCGGCUAAUAACCAACCUAUAAACAAUUGGAUCAGCGUUUUCGGAGGAUCACCCUGGAAGUGUGACUCUAUUCGUCCGCAAUGCUACUUCCAUCAAUUUCAUUACAAGCAGCCGGAUUUGAAUUUCCGAAACCCUGUUGUUCAGCAAGAAAUGGAAGACGUAAUUAAAUUCUGGUUGGAAAAAGGAAUAGACGGUUUCCGUGUUGACGCAGUUCCCCACUUAUACGAAGUCGAAAAUCUUCUAGAUGAGCCCAGGACUAAUGCCUCUGGUGUCACCGAUAGUGAAUAUGCUUAUUUAGAUCACGUGCACACGAAGGAUCAGCCGGAAACCUACGAUCUAGUUAAAUCUUGGAGAAAAGUCCUAGAUGACUAUGCAAAUUCAACCAAUACCGAUGAAAAGGUGAUGAUGACAGAGGCAUACACAACUCUCGGGAAUACCACCAGGUUUUAUGACAGUGGUUCCCACGUUCCAUUCAACUUCUUCUUCAUAACUGAUGCGAAUCGAAAUUCUACUCCGGAUCAGUUCAAGUCGAUUAUUGAUGCAUGGCUAGGUGAAACGAUACCUAGAGAAGGAGCAGUUCCCAAUUGGGUUAUGGGCAAUCAUGAUCGAGCAAGAACGGAAAGCAGGUAUCCAGGCCGAGGUGAUCAGAUGACGAUGCUUGCCAUGAUCUUACCAGGAGUUACAGUCACAUACUAUGGUGAAGAACUUGGAAUGAUUGACAAAUCUGACAUCAGCUUUAGUGACACCCAAGAUCCUCAAGGUUGCAUUGCCGGACCAGAAAAGUACAAAGACAAGUCACGUGAUCCCAACAGGACUCCAAUGCAGUGGGACAACAGCUCGAAUGCUGGGUUCAACCAAGGUUUUAAACCAUGGAUUCCUGUGCACGAAAAUUAUAAAAAUCUGAACUUGGCUGCUCAAAAAGCUGCGAAGGCUUCUCAUUAUAAAAUUUAUCAGAAACUGAUCCGUUUGAAGAAAACAAAGGCGGCUCUUAUAUCAGGAAAAACUCAAGCUUUGGUCUCAACUGACAAGAAAUCGCUUUCGAUUAUAAGAUCUACGAAUACAGAGGUAGUUAUCCUGAUAAUAAACUUCUCCGAUACUGAGACUAUCACUGUUAAUGUCCUGAAGCAAGUACCCACACUUGCCGCUGCAGGAUUGGUUGAAGUUGCAACUCUUGAUUCACCAGUCAAAGAGGGGUCAACUGUGAACCUGAAGAAGUUGCCAAUAGCGGCCAAACAAUCUCUAGUCCUGUCGGCCAAGAUUAAAAAAUAAAAUGUGAUGGAAAUUGGCCAUGAUGACAGCGAACGUGAUCGUAUUGGAAUAAUCGCACUAUCGUCAGUCCCGCCUGCAGCAUUUGAUUCCGUUAUGAAAUAACCUCGCUGUUAGUUAUAACAAGAAAGUGUAGUUCAUAUUAUAUAAAAAUUUCAAUGUUAAAUACAACCUUGAUGAUGGAUGUUUACUAACAAUAAAUUAACUGCAAUCACGUUUCCAUAA